ACCAAGGCAGGAAGGCUCUGGAGAAUCCGGGGCGCCCCCUUCUCCGGCAGCGCUUGGGCCUGGGCUCGCGGAGAAGGGGCUGUCAUUCUCCAGGGAUUUCCUGCCUGCUCCUGGACCCCGGGGAGUCGUGAGAACCUGCUCCCAGACGCUGAAGCUGACGUCGGCCUUCAGGGCCCCCUCGCCCGUCGCUGUGGAGGGGCGGAGCCUGGGAGGCUGUCGCCCCGCCCCAUCCCCGCCCCCGCCCCCCUCGCGCUGCAGGCCCGGGGCGGUGAGACCCACUAGGAGCACAACGCUGGGUCCCCGCCCCUUGGGCAGCCAGACUCUGGGUGCGCUGUUUGCCCACCCCACCGGUGGCAGGGGCCGGGCGGGUGUCGGUGCGGGGGGUACAGGAGGCCCUGGCCUGUGAUCGUGAGCGGAAACCCCUCCUGAAGUUUCCCCAAAGCCAUGGACAGCCCUAGUCUGCGUGAGCUUCAACAGCCUCUGCUGGAGGGCACAGGAUGUGAGACCCCUGCCCAGAAGCCUGGCAGGCAUGAGCUGGGGUCCCCCUUAAGAGAGAUAGCCUAUGUCGAGUCCCUGAGGGGUUUGCAGUUCCUGUCACCACCUCUUCCCUCUGUGAGCGCUGGCCUCGGGGAACCAGGAUCUCCUGAUGUUGAGGAUAUGUCAUCUAGUGACAGUGACUCUGACUCGGAUGGGGGCGGCCAUCUCUCACCGUUCCUUCCCCACGACCACCUCGGCUUGGCUGUCUUCUCCAUGCUGUGCUGUUUCUGGCCUGUGGGCAUCGCUGCCUUCUGUCUAGCCCAGAAGACCAACAAGGCUUGGGCCAAGGGGGACAUCCAGGGGGCAGGGGCCGCCUCCCGCCGUGCCUUCCUGUUGGGGGUCCUCGCCAUCGGGCUGGGCGUGUGCACAUAUGCGGCUGCCCUGGUGACCCUGGCCGCCUACCUUGCCUCCCGAGACCCGCCCUAGUUGCUCCUACAGCCCUCACUGUGAACCAUGAGGCCGGCAGUCCAGCGAAUCUGUGGGCAGAGAGUGGAGAAUCUUGGUGGAUGAGGCUGCGGCGGCAGCAGGAGCAUCUAGAGAUGGGAGCAAGCUGGACUGGAACCCCUCCCCUUCCUGGCCACCGCUCAUCGGGCGGCAGCAACGUGAGAUUAAACACCAGACACCCUUGCAUCCAAA